CCCCGCCCGGAACCUCGCCGUCAUGCAGUCCCCGGCGGUGCUCGUCACCUCCAGGCGAGUUCAGAAUGUCCACACAGGCCUGGACCUGACGGUGCCGCAGCACCAGGAGGUGCGGGGCAGGAUGAUGUCCGGGCACGUGGAGUACCAGAUCCUGGCGGUUACCCGGCUGGCUGCAUUCAAGUCGGCCAAGCACAGGCCCGAGGAUGUCGUCCAGUUCUUGGUCUCCAAAAAGUACAGCGAGAUUGAGGAGUUUUACCAGAAACUCAGCAGCCGUUAUCCAGCCGCCAGCCUCCCCCCGCUCCCCAGGAAGGUCUUGUUUGUUGGCGAGUCUGACAUCCGGGAGAGGAGAGCCGUGUUCGACGAAAUUCUGCGCUGUAUCUCGAAGGAUGCCGAGCUGGCAGGCAGCCCAGAGCUGCUCGAGUUCUUAGGCACCAGAUCGCCCGGUGCCGCGGAUUUCAGCAGCAGAGACUGCUCUGUCCUGGACACAGACAGCCAAGCAGGGGACGACGGGGACGCUUUUGAUUUCUUCCAGCAGCAGGACCAGAUGGAGAGUGAAGGCCUGCCCGCCCUGGGCCAGAAGGGCAAGGAUGCAGGGAAGUCCUCGGGAGAGGAAGAGGAGGAGGAGGAGGCCCUGGACCCUCUGGGCAUCAUGCGCUCCAAGAAGCCCAGGAUACGCCCUGAGGUGGCCGUGAAGCCCAGACCCUCGCCCCGGCUCACCAUCUUUGAUGAGGAGGUAGACCCCGACGAGGGGCUCUUUGGCCCCGGCCGGAAGCCUCGCCCCCAGGGCCCCACGGAGGGCGGACCCUCCAGGGACCCCCUGAAGCUGUUUGACGACCCUGACCUUGGCGGAGCUGUUGCCCUGGGUGACCCCUUACUGCUGCCUGCUGCCCAUGAGAGUGGAGGACCCCCGUCCCGCCUGGGCCCCAGGGAGACCUCAGAGGAUCUAUUCAGAGUCGAAGAGGAUUUGGAUCAGAUUCUGAACCUGGGAGUUGAGCCCAAAUCUCACCCCCAGCCCAAGCCCCAGCUUAAGCCCAAACCGCCGGUAGCAGCUAAGCCAGCGCUACCCAGAAAGCCAGCUGCUCCCCCCAGAGCGAGUCCAUCAGAGGCUGUGGCGGGGCAGCAGAGGCGGCAGCAGCAAAUCCAAGCCAUGGAUGAGAUGGACAUCUUACAGUACAUCCGGGACCACGACGCGCCUGGCCAGGCUGCUCCCAGCCUCUUCUGACCGCCUCCCCAGCCCCGUGCUGUUCCUGAGCCAGUAGACCCUCACCGGUGCGGGGGCGUGUGGGGAGGUGCAGAUGUGCCUGUAGGGCCAGGACCUCUGUUCCAAGGGAGAGAGGGUGCAAGCCCAGGGCAUAGGACCCCUGUACUGCCUUUUCCCUUUUCCUCAGGCCCAUGGGGUCAUGGAACCCUGCAAGAUGCAGAGAGCAAGGUCACUCUAGGAAUUGGAACUUGAAUUGUCCCACGUGGAUGUUGAGGGGAGAGCAUGUGGGGUUGCCUUGCCAACCAGGAGCCCAGCCCCCAGGGUGUUGUGAGACAGGUGGGGCCUAUUGAGGCGCCACUUGGGCCCACUGGCUCUGCCAGCCCCACACAGGAGGGAGGGCCUGGCCAACUUAGGGUCAGGCCGGGGUCUCCAGGCCAAGCCCUUCUGGAAUCUCUGGUCAGCAGAGACUCCUGGGGGCCUGCAGGCCAUGGGAGGGUCUCUAGGAGAGGGCUGCUGAGUGGGUGCCUAGGAGAGCCUGGCUGGGUAGGGCAGCCCUGAACCACCUUUGUUACCAGGUAUUAAGCAGGGUAUCUCGCCUAUGGCAAGCUCAAGAGAAACGUCAGGCCCAGGCUGGCUCUGGGGCGUGGAUGGCCUGACAGGCCCCAGGUCUCCCCUUCUUCCUUUCCUAGGAAGGCCUGGCCAGACCGCAGCCUCCCUGGGCCUCUGGCCAUGUGCUCAAUGUCCAGCACAGCAUGUCUGAGCAGAGUGGUCCCCCCAGCCUCCAAGGACCCCUGCAGCUGGACUGGGCUGGGCUGGACGCUCUCGGGCUACUGCUUCAAGGGCCCCGUCUGUCUAGUGGAGGAUGCUGCCAGGCCCUCCCUGCCCUCGGGGUCUGGGCUUGUCCCCAACCUACCCAGCGAGAAGGAGCCCUGUGCUGGGCAGGGCCCAUGCCUUAGACUUCUCUGUACCCCUGCGCCUUGGCACAUAGGUCUGGGCAUGGCACAGAGCUCAGGAAAUUCUCAAUGAAUGUAUGAUGUUUAAUGGAGCAAAGGAUGCCUUUUUUUUUUUUUUUUUUCAUAUAUUCUUCACGUUCAGAGCUAGUUUUUAAUGAAACAGAUUUUUUUUAAGGAAAUGCAACCACUGCCGUCCCUUGGGUUGUGCUGUUGGACCGGGGAUUGGAAGGGGGGUUUGAGACAAGGACCCCGGCCCUUCCUGAUCAGGGCCAGCAGCCAACCCUAAGGGCUUCCCUGGGCCGGGGCCAGUGGUUGCUGCAUCAGAGUCUCUAGCACCCACUGCCUUGUGCCGGGACCUGCAAGGCAGGUGGGAGCACGCAGAUCUGCCCUGGGUGUCAUGCCCCUCCAUCGGCUGUCCAGUCCUGAAAAGCCUGCCCCCCAACGUGUGCCAGCAUGAGAGGAAACAGGUGGCUCUGGGGGCCGAGAGCCUGAUUCCUCCGCCUCCUCUACCUUAGCUUGGCUCCCAGGGACCCCCUCCCCAGGCCCUGAGCUGGCUCUGGGACAGCCUCGGUGCCCCCACGAGCUGCCCCCCUUUCUCUCAUUGCCAGGCCUUCACACCCCCACCCCUCAAGCACAGGUAGGCUCCCCACCCGGACCCAGGUGACUACAGAGGCCUCCCAGGGAAGGAGGAAGUAGGGAGGGCCUGGUCCCCUUCCCUUCCCCUUCCCCGUUCUCUCCUCCGGGCCCCUCCCUCCCUGCACCCCUCCCCCCACCUCCCCCAACAUGUGACAUAGGAGCAGAGGGUGCAGCCGCCAGGUGCCUCUGGGGGUGGCUGGGAGGAGGCCUGUCACAGGCAGAACCUCCCACUCUGGUGUGGCUUUGUCCACCGUGAGCCUGGCCUCCUCCCUGUCGGCCUGGCACCCGGACCCUCAGCAAAGAGGUGCGCUUCUCCAGAUGCGGAGGCUCCGUGGCUCGUUUUCUCACCCGAGUCUGUGACCUGCUGGCCAAUCCAUGACACCCCGUCAUCCAAUAAAGUCCGUGUUGGUGGCUCAUUCCA